ACUGUCCGUGCAUUUCAAGCUCCGUACUUGUUUCUCUCUACGAGAAAAAGCUAGAUUAUCUCUGUUAAAAGUUCUUAUUUAAAUUAAAUUAUGUUCUUGUUAUAUACAUAAAUAUCUUUGCAACCCGACUAUGCUAACAAUUUUAUUGCCAUUUCUUUCUGUUUUGUUAAAUAAAGCCACCUGUCAAGCUGAGCUAGCUGCGGUUAGCCUGUUGUCGCUAGCUUGGGUGAAUCAGGUGAACAAUAUUCUGCAGUGUUUAUAGCUUUAAUGUGGACUACAUAACGUCAGAAGACAGUUAAUGGCAACUCGACAACCCUUCACAGACACGGAUACUGCAGAUGAGGCAGUGAGGGCGACCUGUGACGAUGCAACGACUUGUAAAAGGUUUGCAACCAGUAAAAGCUACUGGAAGGACCCAUAUAUCCAGUAUUUUGCAAGAUCUGUGGGAGAACGGAAGGCACCUGAAAUCAAUAGAGGUUACUACGCCCGAGUUAAGGGAGUAAACCGUCUGCUUGAUGCGUUUAUAAGGAAAACAGAGUGUGACUGUCAAGUAAUCAACCUCGGUGCUGGACUGGACACAACAUUUUGGAGACUAAAGGAUGAAAACCUCAUGCCAAAGAAGUUCUUUGAAGUUGACUUUCCAACAGUUGUGGCCAGAAAAAUACACAAUAUUAAGACAAAGCCACCGCUCUCCAAACCUCUCAUUGAAACCCACUCCACAGACUCCUUACUGCUCGAUGCCCACAGCCUGGACUCAGAUCGUUACUGUAUCAUCGGAGCGGAUCUCAGAGACAUCUCUAGUCUGGACGAAAAACUGAAAAAGUUCCAGCUGAAUCCAGAAUUACCCACCUUGCUCCUGUCAGAGUGUGUGCUGGUCUACAUGACCCCCUCCCAGUCCUCCAAUCUGGUUCACUGGGCAGCAGAAACCUUCCACACUGCCAUGUUCAUCAACUACGAGCAGGUGAACAUGAGCGAUCGGUUUGGCCAGGUGAUGAUCGAGAACCUGCAGCGUCGCCAGUGCACCCUGGCAGGAGUGGAAACCUGUCGGUCUCUGGACUCACAGAAAGAGCGCUUUCUGAAGACAGGCUGGGAGCAUGCCGAUGCUCUGGACAUGAUGACGGUCUACAGUAUGCUUCCUCAGGAUGAUGUGGCCAGAAUUGAGAGUCUGGAGUUUCUGGAUGAGAGGGAGCUCUUACAGCAGCUUCUUCAACACUACAGUAUCUGCUGGGCCACUAAGGACAAGCUCAACCUGGGUCUGUCACAGCUGGGAUUUUGAGCACGAAACUGCUCCACUGUUGGACUUGCUUCACAUUGCGCAUAUGCCAAAAUCAACAACUGGAGAAGAUGUGUAAAAGGGAGUAAUUGGGAAAGAGGAAACCACCUUUCUCCAUGAAGCUCUUGUCAGGGAGCCAUUCUGGUGUGAAAACUCCCAACAUCAGCAGAAUGUGGUUUUUCAAUGAGCGUCUUCCUGUGACCCAGAGCAUGCAGAGGACAAGAAGUGAUUAUGUAAAAGCUGUGAUGAAGUCAAAGCCUACACUGGCACUGAAUUGUCAAAUGUAAAGUAAAUCGUUUGUUUUAUCCGUUGAAAGAAUGUAUGAAGUUUGAAGAAUGCAAAUAUGGGGUAUUUGUCCUUGUAUGGUUUUAUGUGCCAUUCUGAUGUUAUUUUUUAAUCAGCUGUACCUUCCAGACUUCUUUAAAAAAACAUACUGUACAUGCAUGCAGUAGAGGUGGCAUUUAAUGGCAAGAAAUGCAAACUGCUUAAUUAAUAUUUGCCUGUAAAACAUUUUCUAAGAGGACAGUACAGAUUAGUUUUGUGACGGACUAUUUUGAGGGUGCUGGCUAAGUACAGUUGAA